GACCAAAUUGCCAAUUUCCCCCGUAUAUAAACAAUGAAAACCUCCCCUUUCAUACACGAGGUGUAAGGAGUUGCUUCAACUUUUUGAGAAUUUUUUUGUUUGCUCAGAACUUUGAUUACUAGUGACAUCAAUUCUCUCUCUAUCUCACUAGUUACAUCAAAAAGGUAAAUACGCGUGUGCCGUGCCGCAUGUCAACUUCUCUCUCUAGCUUCUUUGGCUCGUUGUGUCUCAUAAACCAAUUUAAAAGAUAAAGUAUUUGAUCAUCACCAACAUGAUGCCAAUGUGCAAACAAAUACAAACAUUACAUGUUCCUUUGUAGUGGCCAUAAUCAUAAAAUGGAUGUGUUCAAUCCCCGCCGGCAGAAGGAGAAGGUGGUGAUCGUAAUGGGGGCAACGGGGACCGGAAAAUCAAGGCUCUCCAUCGACCUAGCCACCUGUUUCCCGGCAGAAAUCAUAAACUCCGACAAAAUGCAAGUCUACGAAGGCCUUGAUAUAGUCACCAACAAAAUAACCAAAGAAGAGCAACGUGGUGUACCGCACCAUUUGCUAGGGAUACUAGAUCCUAAUGAAGAUUUUACAGCCAGGGAUUUUUGUGACCUAACCUCACUUGCCAUUGAAUCUGUUUUAGGCCGUGAUCGGCUUCCAAUCAUCGUCGGAGGCUCCAACUCCUACAUCGAGGCGUUAGUCGAUGACCAUGACUAUAAAUUUCGGUCCAAGUACGAAUGUUGCUUUUUAUGGGUAGAUGUGUCUGUACCCGUUAUGCACUCGUUCGUGUCAGGACGGGUUGACCGCAUGGUUCAAAACGGAAUGGUGGAUGAGGCGAGAGAGUUCUUUGAUCCCAAUGCAGAUUACAUGAAAGGGAUUCGAAGGGCAAUUGGGGUCCCUGAAUUCGAUAAGUACUUCAGGUAUGGGCCACUUUUGGAUGAAGAAACUCGUGCCAGGUUACUACAGCAAGCAGUGGACGAAAUCAAGGACAAUACGUGCAAAUUGGCAUGCCGACAAUUGGAGAAGAUUCAUAGACUAAGAAAUAUCAAAGGGUGGAAUCUGCACCCGUUGGAUGCCACAGAGGUGUUCCGAAAGCACGGCAAGGAGGCCGAUGAGGCCUGGGAGAAGCUUGUGUCGGGGCCAGGUGCUAUGAUCGUUGGCCAGUUUCUUUACAAUAUGACAGCUGAGGUUCCUUCACAUAUUGGAAGUCUUAGGGUUCCUGCAGCACUUGCAGCCGCAAGUGCAACUCAUUAGAGGCUUAGAUAUUAUAGUUUUCUUAUGAAAUAUAACUUUUGGUUAAUCUAAUUUCAUCAUUGCAAAAUAAAGAAAAUAAUAUUGUCAGUGUCAUGGACA